CUUGAAAUAUGUAUUAAUUUGUAACCUAUUUGGACUUAAGGAAAUUAAUAUAUUAAAAGUUAAACUCACAUAUCGUAAUUUUGAAGAAAAAACUGUAAAUACAAAUGUAUUUGGUUAAUUUUCAGUAUUAGAUUCCAAUCAGGGGGUACAAACAUCUGACGGACAGGUUAUGUUCAUAAAAUAUCCCGCCAAAAGACAAAUAAAGAAAAUAAAGAAGCUCUAUAAUCAUUGCCCACUGAUGACUGGUGAGUACCGAGUAUUGAUGGUCAUUGACGGCCAAGUCCAAUUCUGACGCCAAUACAUCCAUUUAGCUGUCGCUGUGUCCGUUUUGUUUUAUUAGUACAGUACACCAGUUUAGUUUUUCAUAUUUCAAUCUGUUGACUUGUUGCCUGUUGGCCUUGGCAGUUUGCAGUUCACAGUUCGCAGCAACGUUGAAUGAAGUUGAUGAAUUAUUUAUAUUAGGCUAAUACUAUAAUAUCGUAAGUAUAACUAAGCCAUGAACAUAUAUCCGGCGGAAAUCGAAUUUAUGGCUGAAAACGAGAUCAUUCAGAUCGUACCUACGUUUAACCAUGCUAGCCAUGUUCACCUGAUAUGCGGAUCAUAUGGUCCGUUUCGAGCUGGUCUGCCGUUGAACGUACCUAUAUGGGUGGCGAUGAACCUACGGCAGAAGAAGACCUGCCGGAUCCUUGCCCCCGACUGGAUGGCGCUAGACAAACUCCAAGAGAGACUCGAAGAAGAAAAGGCAUCCAAGUAUGAUGUGUACAAAUAUUAUACAGCCGUGUAUCAUUUGUUGAGAUUUAUUUUUAUUCUUCAGAUUUUUCACUCAGUUACCGAGCAAUUAUUACCUGGAGAUUACACAAAUGUUAUUGACAGUAGCCAGUGAAGACAUUCCACAAGGAAACGAAAUAAAAACAGCAGUUAAAGUAGGUACUCACCUACCUUAAUAUAUAGGUACUAAAUAUAUUUAUUUUAAAUCUUACCUGUCUAGGUAUAAAAUUAAUUUAGAUUUUAAACUAUGUACUUAUAUAUUUUAUUGCGUGGUUAGUAAUUUGGUAGUAAAACCGCGCUUACGCAGACUAUACGAAAUUUGCUUAGGUUUGGUUUUAUAGUAGAAGCAUUUAUUAAAAAAUUAAUAGAGAAAAAUGUUAUGGAGAGGAAGACUGGGUUUUUUUGAAAAAAAUAAUUUUAAAAUGUUUCAACAAAUUUAAAAAACAUUGAAAGUUGUUAUUUAUAAACUAUACAUUGACUAUUAUAUAUUUGGAGAAAAUAGAAAAAAGUUAACGUCUUGCCCUCUGUAGGGUUGCCACUCUGUCACUUAAUUUUUACAAGUCACUUAAAGUCCCUUGUUUAUCUUAAAAGUUACUUUUUUCAUUUUAAAUUUGUUUGUCAUAAUUUUUUCAAACUAUAAUAAAUUUUACCAAAUAUUUUGAGAUAUAUUGUUAUAUAAAAAGUGAUAUAUUUUUUUUUCUAUAAAGACUGAACUAAAUUAUAUUUUUGUUAUCUAAGUUAAUACAUAUCUUUAAUCUUAAUUGUAACAUUGUUGUUAAUGCUGGUUGGUCAACCAAAUGUAACUUUUUUUUAGGUAUUUUUUGAUAUUUACAUAAUAAAUAUAUUUUUUUAACAUAUUAUGUUACCAAGAAUUAAUAAAAAGUUGUUAUAGAAAUUUGUAUUUUUCAAUCCAUUUUUUUCAAUUUUGUCAAGAUGAAAAAUAAUCAAUUCUUUGAAUUGGUACAUUGUACUUGUAAUAUAAUAAUUAUAAGUAUUUAUCUAUUCUACCUACAUUUAAAAAUGGGUAUGUUUUCAUCUUGCUACAAUUUCAUGAUUAUGUCUAAGGUCGCAUACACAUUGGAAAGUGUUGCGCGGUGAGCGGUGAAGUGUGUAUAUCAAACAGCUAGCAAUGAGCAUUGUCUGCAAUAUUUAGUACAUUUCCAUUCAUCAUUUUGUUGGUUAACAUGACACUGUCCUCAAAAUGCCUAUGUCUUUUAUUAUUACAAAAUCGCUUUUUAAGAAAAUAAAAAUAAAAGGAUUGGAGUUCACGAAAUGAACAAAAAACUUUUCACUAGAUGAAUUUUGUUAUAUUUAAAAUGAACUUAGAAGAGAUGGGUUUCAGAGAUCAAUAGUUCUUUUUGUUUGAUCAAAAAAUUAAUUUUUGAGCUCAUAGUGUGUUUCAAAUUACGUUUAAUAUAUUAGUAACGUUUGAGGACACCACUUACAAUUCAAGACAACUUGAAAAAUAAACAUCACAUUGCACAUUGCUCACCGUGCAACGCUCUCCUAUGUGCACGUGGUCUAAUACAAAUUAUAUAAUGCAUAUUAUGCAAAAUUAUAAUAACAUAUUUAUAAAUUAAGCUAAAUUUUUUAAUUUUAUUGAUGUAUUAAGCAAGUCAAUAUCUACUAUUUUAAGUACAACACAUUGGUGGCAACCCUGUCUCUGGACUAUUGUUCUCUUCUGAUUUUGAGAUGUUUUUACUCUAAAACCAAAAUUAAGUGAGUUCUGUGUAGUUUGCUUAAGCAUGUUUUACUAUAUCAUGCAUUUGUAAGACGGAAAUAACAAAUGUGCGUGUAGUGUCUUCUGAAUAUUAUUAUAUACAGUAUUUUAGAAUAAUAUUAUCAUUUUGGUAUAACUCUGUUAAGGAAUAGGUUAGUAGUUAAAUAAAAAUAUUUCUGAGGACAACGCAAAUUACAGAGAAUAUUAAACAAUAAAAUGAAAUAUUGAAAACCUACUUUGUAGGAAUUAUUAUUAUCAAAUUGGUUAUUUAUUGCAUAUAGCAAUUAAAUUGGUACCUUUUAACUAUAAAUUAAUAUUCGUACAAGUUAAUGACAUUUUUAAAUAGCCUUAAACCGGUUCUAGUCGUAAUAUAAUCAGCCCUCUGAUGACCAUAUAAUAAUUUCCCCCUCUCAUUAGGGAAUUUUGUUUUAUAGACAAUUUAUACUAACUCGAUAAUAGUUUUUAAUAAAAUCAUCUUAAUACUUUCUCUAAAAGUUCUAUUUUGAUUUAUUUAUUUUUUUGAUAAUAUUUUUUGUAAUUUGUGUUUUCUCAAAAAUAUUUUUCCUACUAAUAUUUUUAUUUCCAUGUGAUAUUGUUAUAUAUUAUUCUCAUAUAGUAUAUUUAUUUUGAAUAUUUUCCUGAUUGUGAUUUACGAUAGCCCUCCAAUAUUAUUAGUAUUUUUAUUAUUAUUUUUUUUUUAAUUGGUUACUUAUUUAUAAAUAAACAAGAUUACAGAUUCGCAAGUAUCAUUAUGAUAUUAUUUAUGGAAUAAAAAUAACAGUAAUAUAGAUGUAUAAGUAGGUACCUACAAACUACAGAGUAUUCAAAUAUGAUAUUGCAUUAUGGAUGCAUAUUUUUAACAAUUCUAAUUUUAAUUUACUUAUGCUAUUGUUUUUAAAAUUAAUUAUAAUGAUUCUCAACAUUGAACCUAAUUUGAAUUUCCAAUAAAUUAAAUGAAUAUAUUUCAUCUCCAGGAAUUCGAAUUUACCAUAAUUAAUUAUAAAUUGUUAUUUGUUCUAAUUAUAAAUUUAUUAAUGACAAUGACAAUAAACAUAAUUUUAUAAUUUUAUUAUUAUAGUCUAUUUUAAUAUUUACCUAUAAAUUAUUAAAUUUAUUUAAACCUUAAAGAUUUGCAUUCUGAGUAAUGAGUACUAGUUAAAAUAAUGUUUGGAAGAAAAUUAUAUUAAGCGACUUGAUUUAUCUGUCACAGACUAUUUUGUAAGUAUAAUAAUAAAAGUUUUAACAAUUUUAAACUAAUUCACUAAAUUAUUUCUUUAAAUUAUGACAAGUAAUUUAAGAUUUAUAAUAAAAUAACUUUGUCUAUUUUUCUCAAUAAAAUAUACUAUACUAAUUUUAAUUUUACUCUAAAUUAUACUGCUACACUUAAAACAGUAUAUUAAUUAUUUAUGGCUGUCAAUUUUAAUGUAAAUAUCUUGUAUAUAUUUUCAGGACUUAUGGGAUUUAAGAAUAGCUAAAUUACGAUCCUCUGUAGAUUUAUUCAUCAAAGAAGGUCGUGUCCAAGCUUCAUUGAACCAUUUGACACCAAUGGAGAUCAAUUCUGUUAGGCCAGUAUUUCCAGACACUUUAGAUGCUUUAAUGACACUCCAUGAGGUUGGUUAUUACUUAUUGCAAAUGCAUUUUCAUAUUAUAAGUUUUUUUUUUUAUAAAUAUACUCGUAUCAGGAUUGAGUAAUUACAUUUAUAAAAGGUUUACGAAGGUUUUUAUUUUGAAUGUUAGUAAAAAUAUAUUUCAUACAUUAUAAUAUUACACCUACUCAACCCUGACUUGUAUAUGGAUUAAGAUAAUUUUUAUAAAUUAUUGUAUUUUAUCACAUUGAUUUUGGUUUAACAAAAUCCAAACAUGGUAAGUUUUAAUUUAUCAAUACAUUUAUUAUAAACAUUUUAUUGAACUAUCUGUCUAUAUAUUUACAUAUGUAAAUAUAUAUAUAUAUAUUUUUUUUUUUAUUUAGCAAAUUAAUUCAAAUGACGAUAGAGAUGAUGGCAGCCAAUCAUCGAGUGCAACCCCUGGGUCGGCAUCUUUUUCGUUAUCCAUGUAGUGGAUCGUCUAUUCUUACCUGAAUAUCGGAAUUAUACUGGGAUUAUAAUAUUGUUGUUUUACUUGUUUUGGGAGCGGAAUAAUUUAUUUUCAAUUUUUAACAAUAGUGUAUUAUACUUUGUUGCCAAUCACAGUUAUUAUAAAUAUAUUUUUUUAUUUUGUAUAUAAUAUCAUUACUAGUCUGUGUUAAUUUUUGUCCUUUUAAGCAUAUAUUUUGGCUUUUAGCUGUUUUAACUUUAAUUAAAGACCUGAAUGUAUUGUAAUUGUAAAGUAUUAUUUGGUGCCUACAACUCUCAUAACAUAAACAUUUUAGCGAAACUAAAAAUUCUCUGUUAUUUACAAAACACUGUGUUGUUGGUGAACUAUACGCUCUUUAGAAUAAUCUUGCCCACUUUCAUGCAUGCAACUGAGCCUCCGGCAGCCGUUCAACCCGCUUGGCGAGAGUCAGGUGCACUGUGAUUGGUCGUUAGUUGUUAAAUGCUGCCGUUACCCAUUGCUAUUGACAGCCGUAUACAGAUGAUCAUCAUAAUACAAUCGUAAUAAUUAUUACCUAUAAUGUUAUAAUGUAUAGUUUUUUUUUUCUUUGUUAUGUUUCUUGUACUUUUAUUAUUUUUAAUAUUUUAUUAUUAUUUAAACACAAUGCUUAUAUCAUGUACAAUAAUUAUUAAAACCAAAUAGGUACCAAUACAUGUAAUUAAGUGAAAAUAGUGCAAUAUUAUUGUUCACUACGUAUAUACCUGCGGCACGUCGGCGGCAGCAGUAUGGCUAAUAUCUGCGCCCAUCGUGGCAACAGACAUAUUUGAAUGAGACGAGUUUUCGUCGGUCUAAUGGACAAGAUUAUUCUUAAUAGACUAAAAUUGGCAAACCUGUUUUAAAAUCAUCAUUAUAUUUAUUAUUCUUCGUAGAGAUUCCGGUAUAAUUGUAUAAUGCUAAAUAUCAAUACAUUAUUAAUUAUUGGUUGAGAUUAGAUAAAGAUAUUGUUAGCAUUCCAAUUGUGUAGGGGUAUAAUGGUAUGUAAUAAUUAUAUAAUUAUUAUUGAUUUUAUGGAAAUAAUAACAUUGUACAGAUUUCAUUUGUAUUUUAAAUAAAAAAAAAUAACAAGAUUUGUAGAAAUGAAAGAAGAACUCAAUUUAAAAGUUUAUUUUCAAAACAAUAUACACAUUUUAUUUUAUUUUUUUCGAGCACAAUAUUUAUUUAAUAAUAAUCUAUUUCAAACAUACAACAUAAUUAAAUAUUGUAAUAUUGUUCCAUAGACUAAUUAUUUUGUAAACAUAUUCAGUCAUAUUAUAAAUUAUAAUAUAUAGUUCAACCUCUGGAAAAAUAUCAAUAAAGAAACAAAAAUGUCCAUUAAUAUCAUAUUGAAUAUAAUGACAAUAUAGUUUUGAUUAUUUACUUGCUAUUUUGAAAUUUCCAAAAAUAUACACGUCCAAAAAAAUAAGAAGUACAUAUUAAAAAAAAAUUAUUUAACCGGAAAUUUCAAAAUUGUUCAAACUAUUCUAUUGCUCGUGUAUAGUGAAUUAUAUUUUAUGAAUUAAUUUUAAUGUUCGUUUAGUGUAUAGAAACACAAUAUCAGAAAUCAUCAAUACAAAUUUGUUUUUCAGAUAAGAAAAAAUAGUUUUAAAAAAACUCCACAAAUGAGAAAUUUAAUUAAAGUAAUUUUUAAACGUUGACAAAUAAAUUUUGAAGCGGCUGUAACCACAAGUGGUUAAACAAUAAAUAUGCACACAAAGUCAAAUCACUCUUGAUGAAAAUAAAAUAAAACCUAUCGGAGUCUGACGACAACGGCGUGCGGUUGAUAAGUUAAUAAUUUAAAUUGGGAAUAUGAACUUCGGUCGAUCGGAAAAAGAUAAUGCAAAUAACGUGACAUUUUCCGUUUUAAAGGUACGUAAAAAAUUUUCUUUACUUUGCCUCCUGACUACGGUGAGCCCGGUGGUUUAAACCCUAUUUGUUGGUUCCGCGCGAGAAACUAGAAAACAAAAAAUCUGUUCUCGAAAAAUCGCUUUCUCACCCUAUAAUUAGAUAGGGCGUAUAUAGAUAACCCUGUCACGAUACGAAUACCGAUUUGUUUAGGUUAGGUUAUCGAUUACGUCCGCGGUUGGCUAUUUUUGUUGUCUUUGUAAACGCCUUAACCGCGCGUACCUAUUUCCUUUAAAUAUAUAUAAUAUAUAGAUAGAUAGGUGAAUAAUAUCUAUAUAUACAUAUACAAUACAUACACAUAAUACAUAAUACAAUAAUAUAUCGUUUCAGUCUUGUGGAAGAAUUAACGUGACCACUGCACUAGCGCUAUUGUUCGACGCCCGUGGUCCGGGGGGUGGCGUCGGGCUUUUGGGGACUUGUAUCCGCGACGACAGCGGAGACGGCCACGGCGGCGGCGGCCUGUUGUUCGGAACUGCUCUGCUGCUGCUGCUGUUGCUGUUCUACAUCAGUCGCCGCGUCACUAACCGUGUUUGUCAGCUGUUUGCGUAUGUCGCGUAUGCUCUUCCGGAUGGCCUGCGCGAGCGUCGUCGUGCCCGUGGCCGAGUCUCCGUCGACCGCGACCACCACGGCGCCGUUGUUGUUGGACGACGACGUCUUGUUGCAGUCGCACUCGUCCGGUACCACGGUUAUGGCGCACGUGUCCGUCGCCGUGGGGGUCGUCAGUUGCAGCAGUCUCUGUGGGUCCAACUUUAUGGCGUCGUCGUAACUGGGCGGCGGCACGUCCACCACGGUCGCGUAAUCGGGCGGCUUCUCGUCCAGCCUCACCGGCGGGUCCAACGAUAUAACGUGGAUGUGAUCGAUCGACUCCUGUC